AAAUGCUGAGAUCGACCAAAUGGGCACACAAAAAUCUGGAAAAGGACACUUCUGUUUUUAUUUUUUUAAUGAAUUAAUAAUAAAUCGAAAUUAAGCUGAAAAUACUAUAAAACCUAAAACUUUAACUUAUUUACAUAUCCAACCAACCUACCCCACCCACUAACCCGACCCGCGUGCCCUUCCCGGAUCCUUCCCCCUAAAUCAAACUAAAUCCCUAAUUCCUCUUCCCCGACAUAACCAACAGAAAAAAAUUCACGAUCUCUCCCCCUUCCCUCUAUCUCAUCUCACUAAUCAAACUCUACCACAAUCAUCACGAUCUCCCUCUAUCUCAUUUGUUUCUCUAUUUCGUGUUACUCUUUGAAACACUAUGGCUCCAAAGACUCGUUUCACCGAACAAACGAACAAAGAAGGUGCGCCGGAGAAGAAGAAGAAGAAUGAGUCAGUGGUGGAGAAGAAGAAAGCUGCGGUGGAGAAGAAGAAAGCUGAGGCGGAAAAGAAGAAGAAAGACUCUGUGAUAAAGAAAAAACAAGCAGCGGUGAAAAGGAGGAGAGAAGCCGUUAAAAAAAAAAGAGAUGCAGAGAAAAAGAAGAUUGAAACCGCAGAGAAGAAGAGGAAGCGAGACAGUGGUGUAGACGAUGAGUCCUCGUCCAAUCCAACCAAGCGGCCUCAGACCGCAUCUUCACCAGAACAUCAAGCCGAUCCUGAUCAUUAUCCGCCACUAUCAACGGAGUUACCUUCGCAGGAUGAUAGAGAGGGUACGCCAAGCCCAUCAGUUCCGAUUGAGCCACAAAAAUCACCUACUCAAACACCCAAUGAGGCGGAGAAUCCACUGCAAGCUCCAAUAACUUCUACCAACAGAGAAUCAGGCUCACCCGAGGCUGCCAUUAACAAUGACGGGCAAACGAUUGGAUCUAACAACAUAGAUUCAAAUUCACAUGAGGCUGCUAUUGGAUCUGCUGCCAUUGACAACGACGCUCCAAGAACGGUAAACAAGUCAACUUAAAUGGUUCUAGAAAUAUUUAUCAUAGGGUCGAAAAAAAAAAUAAGUAGUGAUUAUAUAAGAAGUGUAACUAGUACAACUAAAAGAAUGAAACUAGUUCAACUGGUAAUAAAAUGUUGUAAAACAGAA